AACAAAAAACAUUAUGGUACCUUAUUUACACAGAAACCAUAAACUCACCUUCUCCACUAACCUUCACUACCACACAACAUAGAAGCAAACAAAAAACACCUUCUUUCUCUAUUUCUCUAUUUCUCAAUUUCUCUUACACAUAAAAGCAGACUCCACCACUCACGCAUUAUUCUAAUCUACUUUUUCUGAACUAAUCCUUCACUCCAACACCAACACCAACACCAACCUCUUCCUAGUCACACCACCGCUUCUAAACUAAACUAAAACUCCUUUGUUGCUUGUGUUUCGUGUUUGUUCUUCUUUUGUCUGCAUUUGUCCCUCUUGAUUUGAGCCACAGCACACCCUUUUUCAUAAAUAUUAAUAUUAAAACACCAACAAAAAGAGGGUGGUGGGAGAAGAAAAGUGGCCAGGAUUACACUGUACUAUUACCAAAGCCACUUUUUGUCUCUUGAAAUUUUUUGUAAAGCUUUUCCUUUUUGUUUUUCAUUGACUUGUUGAUUCAAGAGGGUUUUUUUUUUCUUAUCAUCCUUUAUCAAGCUGAAGAAAUCAUGGUUGCUGUGUAGUUAGUUCUCAGAAAAUCCCAUCCCAUCAUGGAUCUUGAGUCUGUUAUCCGUAGGAACACAAUUAAGGAAGAGUCAUGGAAGACAGUGUUAACUUUGGCUUAUCAAAGCUUGGGGGUUGUGUAUGGAGACUUGAGCACUUCCCCACUUUACGUUUACAAAAGCACUUUCGCAGAGGAUAUUCAGCAUUCAGAUACCAAUGAAGAAAUCUAUGGGGUGUUGUCUUUUGUUUUCUGGACGCUCACGCUGAUUCCACUGCUCAAGUAUGUGUUCAUUGUGCUGAGAGCUGAUGACAAUGGUGAGGGAGGGACCUUUGCUCUCUACUCCUUGCUCUGCCGCCACGCUCGUGUUAGCUUGUUGCCUAACACUCAGCUUGCGGAUGAGGACUUAACGGAGUACACCAUAGACAAUGGAACUGUUCCCAUCAACAAGAAAAAUGUUGGUUUGGGCUUGAAGAGCUUGUUGGAGAAAUACAGGGUGCUGCAAAGGGUGCUGCUUGUUCUUGCCUUGAUAGGAACUUGCAUGGUUAUUGGGGAUGGUGUGCUCACACCAGCAAUUUCUGUUUUUUCCGCUGUGUCAGGCUUGGAGCUUUCCAUGUCCAAAGAACAACACAGAUAUGUGGAGGUUCCAGUGGCUUGUGUAAUACUGGUGUUUUUGUUUUCCCUUCAACAUUAUGGCACUCACCGUGUGGGAUGUCUCUUUGCACCUGUUGUCUUGACCUGGCUACUUUGUAUCAGUGCUAUUGGUAUUUAUAACAUCUUCCAUUGGAAUCCACAUGUUUAUCAAGCUCUCUCCCCAUAUUACAUGUUCAAAUUUCUGAAAAAGACUCAAAAGGGAGGAUGGAUGUCCUUGGGUGGAAUUCUACUUUGUAUAACAGGUUCAGAAGCCAUGUAUGCUGACUUAGGACACUUUUCACAAUUGUCAAUUAAGAUUGCAUUCACCUUUUUGGUGUACCCUUCCUUAAUCCUAGCAUAUAUGGGACAAGCUGCAUAUCUUUCAAAGCAUCAUUCCCUUGAAAGUGAUUAUCGAAUUGGGUUCUAUGUAUCAGUACCUGUAAAACUUAGAUGGCCUGUUCUUGCAAUAGCCAUACUUCAAGCUGUGGUUGGAAGUCAAGCUGUCAUCACAGGAACUUUCUCAAUAAUCAAGCAAUGUUCUGCUUUAGGAUGUUUCCCCAAAGUCAAAAUCAUCCACACAUCAUCCAAGACUCAUGGCCAGAUUUACAUUCCUGAGAUCAACUGGAGUUUGAUGCUGCUUUGCCUGGCUAUUACAGUUGGAUUUAGAGAUACUAAACGCAUGGGAAAUGCAGCAGGCUUGGCUGUUAUAACUGUCAUGCUGGUGACCACUUGCUUAAUGUCUCUAGUUAUAGUCUUAUGUUGGCACAAAAGCAUUUUGCUGGCAAUUUGCUUCAUAUUGUUCUUUGGCUCCAUUGAAGCACUCUAUUUCUCAGCAUCCCUUAUCAAGUUCCUUGAGGGGGCUUGGGUCCCCAUUGCCCUCUCAUUCAUCUUUCUCAUUUCCAUGUAUGUAUGGCAUUAUGGCACAAUAAAGAAGUAUGAGUUUGAUGUUCAGAACAAGGUUCCAAUCAACUGGCUCCUCAGUUUAGGCCCCACUCUAGGCAUUGUCAGAGUCAAGGGAAUUGGCCUCAUACACACUGAGCUUGUAUCUGGGAUCCCAGCUAUUUUCUCCCACUUUGUGACCAAUCUCCCUGCCUUCCACCAAGUUGUUAUCUUCCUCUGCAUCAAGUCUGUCCAAGUGCCACAUGUCAGACCAGAAGAAAGGUUCUUGGUGGGUAGAGUUGGCCCAAAGGAGUAUAGGCUUUACAGGUGCAUAGCCAGGUAUGGCUACCGUGACAUUCACAAGGAUGACAUGGAGUUUGAGAAGGAUCUUGUGUGCAGCAUAGCAGAAUUCAUCAGAUCAGACACCUCAGAAUAUGGCCUAGGAUUGGGAAGUUUUGAAGAAGACACUAAGAUGACAGUUGUUGGAACUUCAGCAUCAAACUUAGAGGGUUCAAUAAGGAUGUCUGAAGAUGAUCAACAACAAGAUUCUCAUAUGGAAGGCCCCUCAGAAUUGAUGGAAGUUAAGCCUUCUCCAGAGAAAGUGAGGAAGAGAGUGAGGUUUGUUGUGCCAGACAGUCCACAGAUUGAUUUUGAAACAAGAGAGGAGUUGCUUGAGCUAAUGGAAGCAAAAGAAGCUGGAAUGGCAUUCAUUCUGAGUCACUCAUAUGUUAGAGCAAAAAGUGGAUCAAGCUGGUUGAAAAAAGUUGUCAUCAAUUAUGGAUAUGAUUUCUUAAGGAGAAACUCUAGAGGACCAACAUAUGCUUUAAGCAUACCUCAUGCAUCUACCUUAGAGGUAGGCAUGAUCUACCAUGUAUGAAUGAGUUUUUGGCUAUAGUAGUUCUUAUCUCUAGUUUAGUUUUGUGACAUUCCAUGGUAGCUCAACCUUACACAUAGUGAUGAUAAAUGGUGGCAUUUUGUAUAGUGACACCCUUCUGCAUGGUUCUUGACAAGUGCUGUUGACCUGUAAUAUUCACCUCUGGUAUUGUAAUUUUCUUGGUACAUAAAUAAGCUGUCUGUAGGGACUGGUUCUUCCAGUGUCUAGUAGGCUCUUUUUUGUCUUUUUCCUGAACAUGAAUCUCAAGUGUAGAUCAUGUUCAAGAUUUCAAUAGUACUGUAACUACUCUUUCAUGAAAAAAAGAGUUAAUAUCUUUGGUAGUUUGGUAGGAUGUAGCUCCAAAUAUGACACAUUUUUGUCUUA